AUGAGCUGGAUGGACUCGUGGUCGCGGGCCUCCAAGUCGCAAGCGACGCCGGCGCCCUUCUACCUCCUCCCCCACGGCGACGCGACCCCCUACUGCCGCACCUGCGGCCGCGUCAUCUCGAGCCGCAAAUCCGCCGCCGCCGCCCCCAAGAAGCCCGACGCCAACAAGACGGACCCCCCCAAGUACUGCUCCUCCCGCUGUCGCGGCCACAAGCCCGGCCGUCUCGACCGCGAGAUCGAGGCCGCCUUUGUCCGCUUCCUGCAGCGCGACGAGGAGCUCGCUGAGCCCGGCGCGCCUCGCAAGGCGACCAAGGGCGACGCCCGUCUGCUGGUGCCGUGCGACGCCGUCGAGAACCGCGUCUUCGGCAGCAGGGCGGAUCCCGAAAAGGUCUUUGGCAGGAGGAAGAACCGGGCGUCGAGGGUCAUUGCGGCGAGGGACGGCGAGGAGGAGGACGGCGAGGGCGUCGACAUGCGGGAGCUGCGCGUCGGCGACGAGAUGGAUCCCGGCGAGGCGAUUAUUGACGAGAUGCUCGGCCUCGGCAGGACGCCGUCUGCCGAGGUGGACCCCGGCGUGCAGGCCGGGUUGUCUGUGAGGAGCGGCACGCGCGUGAGGCCGCCGCAGACGAGGUCGCAAGUCAACGGCAGCGUGGGCGGGGAGAAGGGCAGAGCGGAGAGGGCGGAGGAGACGGAGGAGAUGCGGGAGAAGAGAAAUGAAGGCCAGAAGCGCGCCCACGAGAGGGAGCUCGUGAGGUGCGCGGCGCGCAGGGGGGUUGUGUUUGGGUUUGCUGUCGAUGGCCAGGAGGAGAGGAGGAAGUGUGAGGCUGUCAUGCAGGGCAAGGUCGUCGAGCCGAGCUUUGCAAAGGGCGACUGGGCAGUUCGAUGGCGUGAAGAUUAG